AAAAUAGUAUGUAAACAAAAAGUAUCAGGUAUCUCCCGAUCCGGACGGCUCAACAAGAUAACAUUGUAUUACCUUGAAAAAUAAACGGACAGUCGACAGUGACUUUGGUGACGUUUCUGAUACGAAUUAUAAUGAAAUACGUGUCACUGACUCACUGCUGAUCAAGAAAUAGAUAUACGUGUUUUCGAAAUGGCAUUGGAAAACUUUAGAGAAAUUUUGAGUGUAACCGCUACCAUCACCACAAUAAUUCAGUUUUUAACUGGGGUAAUUAUUUGCUUGAGCAUUCGAAGAAAAGGUGGCUCAGGAGACAUUUCAGGAUUUCCAUUUAUAGCUGGAGUACUGGGAUGCAGUUUGUGGCUUCGAUAUGGAAUGCUGAUGAAAGACACUGCAAUGACAGUGGUCAAUGCCGUUGGACUUGUACUCCAGCUCUGCUAUGUUUUCAUGUAUUAUUUAUAUGCAACAAAUAAGGGACCAUAUCUUAAACAAGUGGUAAUUGUUUUUUCCGUGAUUCUUUCCACUAUGUUGUAUGUAGCAGUGGAACCAAUUGAAGAUAAGGCUGAAUUUAGACUGGGGUUGCUUUGUUGUGCCACCACCUUGAUCUUUUGUUCUGCACCUCUUGCCACUUUGGGUGAUGUCUUGAGGACACGCAGCACCGAAACAUUACCAUUUUACUUGAUCCUCGCUAAUGUUCUCGUUGCAGCGCAAUGGUUUCUAUAUGGCGUGGCGGUUCAUAAUACUUUUGUCCAAGUGCCUAACUUUAUCAGUUGCCUUAUUGCUUUAUUCCAAUUGGCAUUAUUUGCCUUCUUUCCAAGUACCAAUACCCGCACAAAACUCCAAAAUGUCGUAUAAUGUUAAACCAAACGUUCAAAAUAAGGAAUCCCCAAGCUCCGUUAUGAUGUCGCAUUGUUUAUUUUUUACACGAUCGCCAAGACUUAUGAAUGAACCAGUAUUUUUGCUACUUUCAAUCGUCCCAUCUGCUCUUUUUCUUCACGGGACGGUCUCCACUGCUUUCAGCGGCUGGAGUCGAACUAGAAGUCACAGGUGCUGCUGGUUUAUCAUCAGAGCUGCUGCAGAACUAUCAAUUCCAUAAAAUUUUGUUGAUUUGUAUGUUCCACUGUUUGUUAAUUAAAAUAAAUUAAAUAU